UCGGUUCGGUUCGCCCUGCCCCGCCCCGGGUUUUUGUUUCAUUCUCCCCUCGGGUUCAGAUUCCCCCCCGGUGCCGUCGUUUCCCGCCGCGGUUCCGCCUCGCUUCCUCUCGGUACCGAACCCUCCGGUGACAUUUGGGUUCUCCGUGUGAACUCAGCCGCCGGUUCAGCGCUUCUGGGGGUCACUUUGGCUUAAUUUGCGAGCCAGGUCUCCCCAAAAUCCCCUCAUGGAUUCUCUCCUCAAGCCCGGGCUCCUCAGCAUCAUCGCCGGAGUUGCCUGCGGGGUGUGCCUGGGAUGGGGCAUCCGCGGGAGGCUGCGGGGAGAGCCCGGGGCGGGAGCGGCGGGGAACGGAGCGGAGGUGAUGGGAGAGUCCGGAGAGUUUAAGAUGGUUCUGGUUGUCCGAAACGACCUGAAGAUGGGGAAGGGCAAAGUGGCAGCGCAGUGUUCCCACGCGGCUGUCUCUGCCUACAAGCAGCUCCAGAGGAGAAAUCCCGAUCUCCUGAAACAGUGGGAAUACUGCGGGCAACCCAAAGUGGUCCUGAAAGCUCCCGAUGAAGAGGCUCUGCUGCAGCUCCUGGCUGAGGCAAAGCACCUGGGGCUGACUGUCAGCUUGAUCCAAGAUGCAGGACGUACUCAGAUAGCUCCAGGAUCCCAGACUGUCCUGGGGAUUGGACCGGGACCAGCUGAUGUAGUAGAUAAAGUUUCUGGUCACCUGAAACUGUUCUAAAGCAGGGACCCAAGGAAUCUGAAUUCACUGGUGUGUAUCGGUGCUGAAGGGAUAAAAGCUAAGUUUGGAGAUUUUUUUUUUUCCUAUUGUGUUCUCUUAGUAUAAAUAAAAUCGUUUUUUUAAAGAGAU